AUGGAACGUAAAACAUUUAAAUCUCUAACAUGUUUAGAAUUAAGCGUUAUUCUGGCGAAUCGCUCGGCCACAUUGUACCACUUGGAGCGUCACGAGUACGCGUUGGAGGACAUUGAGGAAGCUUUGCAACUCGGUUACCCGAAGAACCUUUUCUAUAAACUCGAAGAGCGACGGGCCAGGUGUUUAUUGGGCCUGAAGAGGCACGACGAGGCGGUCAAAACGUUCAGGCGGGCCCUCCAGGCCCUGGACGACGCCAGGAUACCCUUAGAGCGUAAGCAGAAGUUCGAGGCGGACAUCAGGGUGAUGCUGGCCGUGAUGGAUAAGGGCAAACAGCUUAACGAGACUGCCAAGAAUCUUCCGCGAGUUCACGGCAAGCAAAAGUCCAACGCGCAUUUGGAGGACAGAUUUAUCCUCGAGAAGAAAAGGAAUCCUCUGUACCCCGCUUGCAGCAAAGCGGUGGAGAUCAAGGACGAUGGGGGUGACGUGGGUAGGCACGCCGUGGCGGCCAGGAAGAUAACACCCGGCGAGAUCGUGAUCGUCGAACGACCACAUUGCACAUUUUUGCUGGCGGAGUACAGGCUCACGCAUUGCCACCUGUGUUUCGCGAGGAUAUUCGUACCGAUGCCUGCGGCUUGUCACACCUGCAGCUGUGUCGCGUACUGCAGCCGCCGCUGCAGAGAUGCGGACGCCCAAGUGCACUCACGGGAGUGUAAGCUACUGCCGGCCCUGUGGCACUCGAGAGCCUCGGUCACGUGCUACCUGGCCCUAAGGGCGAUUACGCAGAAACCUUUCGGGGAAACUAUAAAGCUGAAGGAACGUCUCAGGAAUCCCGGAAGUGCGUCGAAGAUUUCUGCGGAGAAUCCGUAUCGAGGGGAUGACUACGCGAAUGCCUUUUACAAUUUAGUUACCCACGAAGACAAAAGGUUGCCUGAGGAUAUUUUUCACAGAGCCUACAUGGCAGCCUGGCUGUUCAGAUUAUUAAUGGCCAGCGAAUAUUUGCCAGAAAAUGUGAAAACCACCGAUUCAGCGGAUAGUAAAUUGUCAGACGAGGAAUUAUUUAUCGCGGGAUUACUGUUGCACAAUUUGCAGUUAUUGCAAUUUAACUCGCACGAAAUUUCAGAACUGGUAAGGCCAAAAGGGGAGAAAACACUCGCUAAAGCCAAGAGUGUGUUCAUAGGCGGUGGCGUUUACCCUACGGUAGCGAUGCUGAAUCACUCGUGCAAUCCUGGCGUGAUUCGGUAUUUCAUCGGUACCACCAUGAUUGUUCGCGCUGUUCGCACAAUUGGCGCAGGUGAAGAGAUCUCCGAAAACUAUGGUCCAAUCUUCACAACCAUGCCCGAGAGUGAGCGGAAAAGAAAAUUGAGAGUGCAAUAUUGGUUCGAUUGCAAUUGCGAGGCGUGCUCGGGACACUGGCCGCUUCUCGACGAAUUGGAUCCAACAAUACUCAGGUUUAAAUGUGAGACUGGACCGUCCUGCGGUAAUGUGUUGUUGGUACGAAGCGAUACGAACGAGUUCAUGAUCGGAUGUGCGAAGUGUGGCAAGAGCACGAAUAUCCUGAAGGGCCUGAAGGCCCUACAGGAUACAGAUGCGCUUUUUAGGGUCGCAUCGACGAGUCUCGAGGAGGGCCGAAACGAGCAGGCGUUGAAAGCGUACCUGGAGAUCCUAAAGCUACUGGACGAGACCCUGUCGUUGCCCAUCAAAGAUUAUCACGUCUGUCAGCAAGGGGUUAGACUAUGCUCCCUUGCUUUGGGCAACGCAGCUUAUAUCUAAUUUCAUCAUGGAAUUAUAUAAAAAAUUUAUGCUAUCUUUCUAUUGCAAAAUAAAAAAAAUGCAAAUUUCUUCUACAGCUAAGCACAAAUUUGAUGAAUUUUAAAUUAUUUUUUUAUCAGAAAUUAUAAAAAUAUCAAACGAAGAAUUAAAUUUGCA